AUGCCUCUUCAAGAUAUAACUGAUGUUGAAAACAACAUACCAAAGACUGUUCUGUUCAAAAGAAAUUUACCUGAAGCACAAGAUGAUGAUAACACAUUCUUACCACCUGCUUUGAGCUCGUAUGCUCGUGCAUUAUUGGGAGAAAAUACACAAUUUGAUACCACUAAUAAAAAUAAUAAUGUUCAUCCAGCACCACACCCAUCAACAAAUCAAGAAGUACCACAAAUAACUGGGAUAUAUGAACUUGAUUUCCCAGAUAGAAAUAACACCCUUAAACAAAAACUCUCGGUUCAUUUCAACGAGACUAAAAACACGCCGAAGAGGGAAGGUGAUAGUUUAGUAAAACCACUGACUUCCAAUUCUAGCUUUUCCGUCUUCUACGACGCAGCUACUGAUAUAAAUCUAUCCGGUCAUUCUUCAUACGCAUCUACAACUAAUAAUCAUACCAAUUCGGAAUAUAACGACGAUUUGAUGAACAACUCUCUGCAUAAUAAUAGUAUACAUACAAAUAAUAGUCCUCGAAGUAUCCAUACAUCAUCGACAACCCCAGGAAAGUCAACCUCUACAGGGACUAGAUCAAGAAAUUCCACUGGUGUUAUUCUGCAAGUCCAUAGCAUAAAGAAAAUGAGAGGUUCCAGAAGAUUUGGUAAGUUGGGCCCUCCGAAGAGAGGCUCAACACAAGUAAUGGAUAGCCAAUCACAAAUACCACCACCUCCACCAGCAUUUAAUUUAGAAUUAUUGAAAACUCCUGAACCACAAUUACCAGAGACAGUUCAAAAAUCUAGGCCUGAAGGUUCAUAUGAAUUUAUGUCCACGGCAAAGGAGGAUGAAUUAAGAGAAAGAAUUGAAGAACAAAAGAGAAAUAAUGAAAUGGAAAGUGAAAGGAAGAAAUUUAAGGAGGAAGUAAAGAUUGAUAGAAUGGAAAUCACACCUCCUCGAAUGUUUCCUCGUGCUUCAGAUAAACAAUCUGUACCAGAAGUACCACAAGGUACUGCUUCUCCACACCCAGCAGCAAAUGAUUUCAGGAAACCUAAAACUCCAAGUAUAAUGGCACCUUCAGUCAUGCCCAAUAACCAUCAAGUCAACUACAACUACAAUAAUGAAGAUCAGAAAAGGAAAAAAACCAUUACCAUUAAUGGUAUUCAAUAUGAAAAAAUGGAACUUUUAGGUAGAGGUGGGUCAUCAAAAGUUUAUAAGGUAAAAGCAUUAUCUAAUAAUAAGAUAUAUGCAAUUAAAAAGGUUACAUUUGAUCAGUUUGAUGAGGCAUGCGUGAAAGGGUUUAAGGGAGAAAUUGAUCUUCUCAUCAAGCUUAGAGAUGCAGAUCGAGUGGUCAAACUUGCAGAUCAUGCAGUUGGAGAAGGAUCUAUCUAUUUGGUCAUGGAAUGUGGUGAUACUGACUUAGCUCAUGUUUUACAAAGUAAAUUAACUCAAAGUCUGUCCUUAGACCUUAAUUUUGUUAGAUUCCAUGCUAUUGAAUUGUUUAAAUGUGUACUUGCAGUUCAUAAAGCUGGGAUUGUACACAGUGACUUAAAACCUGCCAAUUUCUUAUUUGUUCGUGGAAUAUUGAAGAUUAUUGAUUUUGGAAUUGCUAAUGCUGUUCCUGACCAUACAGCAAAUAUUUAUAAGGAAUCACAGAUUGGAACACCUAAUUAUAUGGCACCAGAAGCAUUGGUUGAAGUAAAUCAGUCAUUUCCAGGACUUCCAAAGAUGGAUAAUUCUAUGAAUGGACAAGCAAAAAAUACAUGGAAAGUUGGAAAACCUUCAGAUGUUUGGUCAUGCGGUUGUAUUAUAUAUCAAAUGAUAUAUGGCAGACCUCCAUAUGGAAGCUACUCAGGUAACCAAAGAAUUAUGGCCAUUAUGAAUCCUCAGGUAAGGAUUCAAUACGGGAAUGUUGGAUUAGGUGGGGUUAAGGUACCACAAAGUGCCAUUGAAUUGAUGAAAAAAUGUCUUGCAAGAAAUCCAAAUGAAAGAUUUACAAUUGAAGAAUGUUUAGAAAGUGAUUUUUUACAUCCAAAAAUUGUUAAUGAAGAUUUCAUUAGAGAUUUAGUUCAUCUGGCAGUGAAUUUUGGUAUUAAUAACAGAGUUGGAGGUAGUGGGAUAAUAACAGCUGAUAUCUAUGAUAAAUUAGUGGACACAGUACUAACUCAGAUAGAAGAACUCAAUUACGGAUAA